AUGUUGGCCAACUUGAAAUUGAACGUGGUUACGUCCGUGCUUGUUUUGUCCUUCCUCAAUUCGGUGUGCGCUGAUGCCAGCAACACCACCCUCGUGAGCGCCACCCCCACGGCCUUGGCCCAGCUCUCCAGCGUGAACUCCAACAGAAACGACAGAACCGAGAGAUCCACUCCAGAAUCCUUUCCUGAAACCUCCAGCGUGAACUCCAACAGAAACGACAGAACCGAGAGAUCCACUCCCGAUUCCGCCCCUGAAACCUCCAGCUCCACCAGAAGAGGCCUCUUCGACGGCUCGAGCUUCUUGGGUGGUUUGUUCCCAUCCACUCCUUCCCAGAACGAUGGUGCUACCUCCUCGUCUUCUGCGGCUCCUGUGCCUUCUUCUACCAACAGAGGCUCGUCCCCUGCAUCCAGCACCGGCCCAGGUACCUCCGAUACCUCUAGAAAUACCCCUGACGAUACUCUGUCGCCAGUUUUCCCAAGAACUUCGGACCAGGUGACUCAGACCCCUACCACUCAAACCCCAUCAACCCAGGGCAAGCCUACCUCUGAAGAAGCUCCAUCCAGUGGCUCAUCGGCUCCAAACACUGCCAACACCCCCCACACACCACAUAUCUCUGAUGAAGUGCCUGUUGAAUCAAGUGCCCCAGGAACCACUCCAGGAACCACUCCAGGAACCACUCCAGGAACCACUCCAGGAACUACCUCAGAAACCACACCAGAAACCACACCAGGCACUUCCCCUGUAACCACCCGUGGAACUACUCAAGAGUCUACUCCAGAAAAUACCCCUACCACGAGUACAAGGAAUGCUCCAUCAACUGGUGAAGAGAGCCGUGAAGCCACCAAAGAAACCACCAAAGAAACCACCCCGGAGACCACUAGAGAAACCACUAGAGAAACCUCCAAAGAAACCACCCCGGAAACCAGUCCAGAGUCCUCCACGGCUUUGGCCACUCCUUCCACCGCUUCGAACACUCCUACAUUCAAGAACCCACUUGAGAUUGGAAUAACCACCUCUUCGGAGUUUUCUAGUGCUGUUUCCUCGACUGUGUUGGUUUCUCCUUCAGAGUCUUCAGUGGCUGCAUCUUCAGCCCCAGUUGAGAGUUCACCUUCUUCAGCAGCUCCUUCUGCUACAACCUUCCCAGUUGCACCAUCAUCCGCAUCUGUUUCGUCAUCCCCCGUCGAACCAACUACCACUGAUUUGACUUCUUCAGCAGCUCCAUCCCCAGUUGAGUCUUCAGCAGCUCCAUCUCCAGUCGAGUCGUCAGCAGCUCCCUCCUCAGCUCCAGCAGUGUCAACUUCCCCAGUAGAAUCCCCAACCUCCACCCCAGUGGAAUCUCAAUCAUCUGCUGCCCCAACCACUGCUUCUUCUGAAACCCCAAUUGUCAUUCCAUCUUCGAGUGAGAUUUCUUCUGCAGCCCCAGUCACUUCAUCCAUCGAUUCUUCCGUGCCUUCGUCUUCAAUUCCAGUGACCACUCCAGUCGAAUCGUCCUCAAUUCCAGUGACUACUCCAGUCGAAUCAUCCUCAAUUCCAGUGACCACCCCUGUUGAAUCUUCUUCUACUCCAGUGGUUACUCCAAUUGAGUCAUCUUCUGUUCCAGUGGUCACUCCAACCGAAUCAUCUCUUCCAAUCGAGUCUUCCACACCAAUUCCUUCUUCUUCAGAUGUGCUGAGCACGGUACCAAUCCCCGUUUCCUCAGCAGUUCCUUCAACUUCACUGUUCCCGGAAUCAUCUGUAGUGACUGAAUCAAGUGCAACUCCGGUUAGCUCAGAGACUUUGGUUCCUGGUCCAAGCACUUCGGAAUCUUUGGCAAGUUCUUCGGCAGUUCCUUCAAGCAGUGAGCCAGCACCAGUAUCACUGGCCUCAGCAACUGAAUCUUUGUCUACAGUUUCAGCACCAGAACCUACUUCUUCACAGGUGACUAGUGAUUCAUCAGCACCACUCUCAUCUGCUGUUCCAGUGACUUCUGAACUCAGUUCUGAAUCUCCAUCGACUACUAUUGUCGCUUCUUCAUCUGCCUCCCCAGAGAGUCAAGCUGAAGAACAAAGCUCUUCAGCAAGUGUUGAAACUUCUGCUACUGCUGAACCUUCUGUGACGUCGAUUGCUUCUCCUGCUCCAGAGCUAGCCAGUUCAGUUGUUGCGUCUGAAGUACCAUCUGCAGCAGCUUCUACCACUCUUCCACCAGCACCAGCUUCAAGCAGUACCACUGCACCAGCUGGUGAUAGUGACUGGUUGCCUAGUACAUUGAUCAUUGAGCAGACCAGUACCGCUGCCACUGCCACUGAGACUAUUGCUAGAGCUACUGCCACAUCUGCUGAAACUUCCGGAUUACCAAAAGCAAUCACCCCUGCUACUACUUCCACUCCAGGAAGUAACUACGAAGUUGUUUACAUUGGUUUCAAAUCGGAGUUGAACUAUCCAUGGAUUGUUUCACACUCGCUCUCUUCUGCUCAGAUUUUCCAAUACUUGCCUCAAGUCUUGACUUAUCCAUUCAGCAACUCAGAUGAUUACAGUGAUGUUUCUGUCAAGAGAUUAAUUCCAUUCACUGCGGCUGGGAUCCCAUACACUAUCACCGUCGCCGAGGUUUACUUCCCAUCUGAUUCGGUAAAGGCAUUGGGUAACUUGGUACAAGAUUCCCAAUCGCUCUUGUACAGAAAUCCUAAACCAACUUUGAAUUCGGUGGCUAGUCUCAUUGACAGCAGAAUCCCAUUGACUGGUUUAGAUACAUCAGACAGUGCAACUAAGGGUUCUGGUUCUAACGGUGGCAACGGAUCACUGAACAACGGGUCCAUCGAUCAAGCAAAUGGAAACGGCAACGCUGUUGAUAAAGCUAGAAUUUCUGGAAUUACUAUUGGUGCAGCAGCUGGAUGUGGUUUGUAUAUGACCUUGAUGUUGUUGUUAUUCAAGAGAUACAAAAAGAACUCUAAGACCAUUGAAUUACCACCAUCUGACUCUGAAUCCAAUGUUGGCGUUCAAUCCAACAACUCUACAGAGACUUCAGGUAUUUCUAUUUUCAACAGAUUAAACAACUAUGAUUCUGAGGCUGGGUCUCCAACAAGAACUGUUCAAAUCAGUGAACCUGUGCAAGCUUCGAACUCGUUGGGUUGGAAUUAA